GCCGCGCUAGGCUGCCAAUGCGGCGCUCGCUCAGCGUAAUCCAGCUCUAGAGAUCCAGUAGGCGCAGAUUGGAGCAUAGAUCUAAGCGCAUCGAUGGGGGAUUCUCGCGGCCGAUUUGUUGUCAGGCCGCUGGCGGCGCAGUCGUUCUUGGCGGAUCUCGAGGUAGCUCCAGGGAAGAUUUACACUGUGGGGCGAUCGAGCUGCUGCGAUCUCGUGUUCAAGGAUGGGAGGGUCAGUCGCCGGCAUUGCCAGAUUUUCGUGGAUGCCGGAAAUUCUCUCGUCUUGCACCAUGGAGUCGAGAAAGGGGCAGAUAUUUGCCUGAGAUCGUCCGUGGUCUACGUCAACAGUGAAAGGAUUUCUCUCGGGAGCUCCAGGGUUCUUGUUCCAGGGGAUAGAGUGUUCUUGGUAGCUCCGGUUAAGGAUUCUAUCCAGGAUACAGGGUUUACAGUGGAGAAUGCUGGCGAGAGUAGUGAUGCUAUAAGGAGCUCUUUGGAGGAACUAGAGAUGAAUGUCCAGCGGCGCCAGGUAAAAUCCAAGGCUGAUCAUCUCGGGCCAAGUCUCAACUGUAAGGUGAAGAGGGUGAAAGCUUCGGUGGAGAAGCUGAUUGAUAAGAGCCGGCAGCUACGAUCAGAGUGCUUUACCAGGAACUCUAGCCUGGAAAAUCGAGCUUUCGUCGGGAAGGAAAGGGAUCUCGAAGAAGUUGAACAGAUUGGAGGCGACACAAAGGUGGCUAGUUGUGAUUCUUUUCCAAAAUCAAGUGGACUGUGCAUGAAUAAACUGGAGGAUGUACAGCCCUCCAGAACAGACGUGUCAGUGGCAGAUCUUCUGGCGCCAUUGGAAGACAUUCGAGAAAUGUUUGUGGCAUCGUUUACUACUGACAUUAUUUGGUUUAUCUCGUCCUUCGGGCUUCCAAAGACAUUACCUGUGACUAUAGCUUGUCACGACAGCGAACGAAGCUGGAGCACCGCCAUAAGCGACCGCAUGGAGCAUCCAUAUUGUGAGUGGCCGAAUUUGAAAGUAGUGUAUCCGCCUUUCCCUGUUUUGCGACGAACAAAUGAUAAAUCCAGGAUGCGUGGUGUUGGCUGCCAUCAUCCCAAGUUUUUUCUCUUAAAGCGUUCAAAAGAUAUUCGAGUUAUAGUGACGUCCUCCAACUUGAAUUACAGACAGUGGCUGCAAGUCUCUAACACGGUUUGGUGGCAAGAUUUUCCCCUUCGCAACACAAGAGACUAUUCCUCUCUAUUUUCGUCCAAGAUUACCGAUGGCGGAGAAAGAAAUGGAGAUUUUGCAGCUUACUUGGCUGGCUUCAUUUCCACUUUGGUGAAAGACGUUCCUAGCGAAGCUCAUUGGGCAACCGACUUGGCUUGCUACAAUUUUUCGAAGGCAACGGUGUCACUGGUUGCGUCAGUACCGGGAUUGUGGGAGGAACUGUUGCCUUUCCCAGAGAGUAUGAAGGAGCUGGAGAAAAGCUACCUUGGCACCGUAGCAACAACAGUUGCGGGAAUUAGCCAUCAAUUUUCCCCCAAAUGCGAUCCUAAUGGACUGAGAUUGCGAAAGCUCGCUGCUCUCUUGAACAGUUUGCCUCUUGAUCCAGAAGGCAUGGUGCACGUCCAACUGAAGCGAGCCAAAGACUUACCUGCUGAUCCGAAUGCAGUGGUGAUUUCCGUGGUUCCACCAACUCAGCAGUUGCGCUUUCUCGAGCAAAGCGAUAUUGUAUCACAAGCAGAGGAGCUGCCGAUUGGAUUCUUGCCAAAACGUGCAGCUGCAUGGGUUUCAACGCUGUGUGACGCUGGUCUGUGUAGCUUGAGGGCCAUGCUAUGGCCCAAGCAAGUGCUUGGUGUGGCAGCUGGCCAAAGCAAAAGCGUAUUACAGCUUAAACUUCAUGUUUUUGAGGGGUCUAAGUUCGGGGAGCUUCUUAGUAAAGACCAAGAGUCUGCAAUGAGCAAUCUCCUGCGCCAUAUUCAACGGAAAUAUGGCUUGCGGCGAUUAAAGGAAGUUCUUGCCGAGCACAAGUGGCCAGAUUCCGCUGAAGUCGAUUUUGUGUAUUGUUCCUCUUCCAUUGGAACGUCCUUGAGCUCGAACUUUCUGGCAUCAUUCUCCGAUGCUGCAGGCCGCAAGGCAUCACUAGACGAUUCGUGUGAGUCGGAUCCGGAGUGGGGCCGCUGGACCGCGGAGCAUGAGGCGGCCAAUCCAUCAAUAAAAGUAGUUUUCCCGACCUUGGACCGGUUAAAAAGCGCGAAAUGGGGCCCUUCUUCAUACCGAGGAAUUCUUUGCUUCGCAGAGCGAACGUGGGAGAGAAUAAAAUCGACGAGCGCUGUCAACUUGCACGACGCAAUUCCAUGUCCACCUAGUCGAGAAGGAAUCCCAAUGCAUGUAAAGGUAGCACAGAGACGAUUUAAAUCGCCCACAUCAAGCCAAGCAUUUGGCUGGAUUUAUACAGGCUCACACAACUUUAGCCCCGCCGCGUGGGGCAAAUACAUCAACAAGGCGGCGAGAAACGACGACGAGUACCAGCCACCUUGCACUCGACUACACAUUUGUAACUACGAGCUCGGGAUAAUAUUCAUAGAUCCGCCACCAACAUACCAGGACGAUGGUGAUUCCAACACAACGAAACAACAAAACCAUGGUGGAAUCCAUAGUUUUACACUGCCGUUUCGAGUACCGGCACCAAAGUACAGCUCUUUAGACAGGCCUGCGACAGGCAGCGCAAUCUUCCAACUUGUACAACAAUUAGGAGAAGGGCAGCGAUCCGUCCUAAACGAGGCUGGAGAGCACGAAGGCGUGUCACUGUCGGACGUGGAGAUUGAUACACAGGAGCCGGAAGAGGACGAUGCAUCCUCGAGCGCGUGCUUAUAAGCCAGGCCACGAGGACGAGAUUUCUUGGCGUGCUUCUCAGGCGACGAGGACGAGAUCUCCCCCGGUGGAGCGCGUGCUUACAAGCAAGUUUACAAAGCCAGUCCAUCGCUGCCACCUCGCCAUCAGCCGUUAAGCUAGUUUGCCACAUCAUCUCUUGGUUCUUGGCACUUCGAUCUCGGGCUUUCUAGCGUCACAAGAGAAAGAUGGGGAGAGAAAUGGAGGAGCUUGGCUUGCCGGUCGAGGUCCGCGACUACCUCCAGUCGGUCUCCAACGCCGAGGUCGCCCUCUUCGUGGCGGACAAGCGCCCCGCCAGCGUCCGCGAGGCCCAAGACAUGGUAGCCGAGCUCGGGGCGCCGCCGGUGAACAAGACUUUCAUGAUAUCCUACGGCGACUCCAACGACUAUGGCCUUUGGGCCCGCGGCACGGUCAACGGUCGCCCGGCGUCCUUCAUGCCCAACUACGGCUCCGACGCCUUGGUCUCGGUCAGCGCGGUCAACCGCCUAGGGUUGACCACCACCCUGUGCCGCCCAUUCCGCGUUGACGGGUCGCCCGUGGUCCACAACCGCAAGGUGAGCGACCUAGUGUUCGAGCUGGAUGGCGGGUACAAAGGCUGCAUGGAUUUCUACGUAGUGGAUGGUGGGCGCAACGAUUUCGUGUUUGGCAACCGCGAUAUGACCAAGUUGGGCACCGGGUGCUCGGUUUACUACGGGCGCAUGCUGGUGGAGCUAAGGGGUGGAGACGGGACUUUUACCUCGCCCCUCUACGAGGGCCGUCCUGGGUUCCACUAGGUGGGGAGCGAUCUUCAUUCUCACAAGCUCAUUUUCAUUUUCAGCAAUGUGUUACUAGGUAGGAACCAAGUGGUAACCAUUCACUCACAGAACUCCUGUUCUUAUUCUCGGUUCAUUUUUAAAGAAAAGCCCAUCGUUUUCAUUCUCA